AUGAGUACGACAAGCGCAAAAAUACAUGAUCACCGGUCGAUCAUGGCGGACUGGGCAGAACUUCUACCGGAGCUUGUCCAAGGCAUCGCCGAUUGCGUCCUCUCCACCACCGAUGGCGGCGAGGUGUACAUGAACAUGAGGGCCGUCUGCUCCAGCUGGCGCUCUGCCGUCGCCAAGCCAUCUCCACUCGCCGCCAUCGCCGACCUCCGUUUCAGACCACGGCACUGGGUCAUGCUCGACCUGCCAUUCAAGAACCAGGACGACGACGACGUCUCCCUCUUUCUCCACGUCCUCACCGGGCGGUUCCACAGCUUGCGCCUCCCGGUGCUUCAUGACCACAUCCUCGUCGGUGCCUCCGACGGUCUUCUCGUGCUCGGGGACAGAGAUGAGCCCCCGAACGUGGCUUGUGUUCUCAAUCCCUUGACAGGCGACAUCCUUCGCUUUGCCGCGCCAUUCCAUAAAUCUUUCGAGGAUAUUGAGUCAACCGCGGUGACCGGCGAUUCGAGGCUGGUCUUGGGGGGAUAUGCAAUGGUUGCAUGGGCUGCUCCAACCAGCGAUGCGUUUACCGAGGAGGACAUUGGCCAGAGCACGACUACCAUGGGUACCUUCCAAGGCAAUGUCUAUGUGGUCGAUCUGCAAAGUCGGGUAUUCAAGUUUCUCUCACCAGAAGAGCAGUGUGAUGCCGAGGUCGCGCUCAUAGCCGAGGUGCCGCUGAAUGUCGACGUAUAUUUAUCAGAAGAAGAGGAAGAUAACAUCGGAUUGUCUGAUUAUCUCGUGGAGUCUGCCGGAGAACUGCUGCUCAUUCGGUGCCAUCGGGGUCGAGCCUUGAAAGUUUUCAGAGUCGACGUCGAGCGCAAGUCAUUGGAGGAGGUCAAGAGCCUCGGCGGCUGCCAUGCGCUGUUCCUUGGCCCCGUGAGGUGCAUGUCUGUGGAUGCGGUUAACCUUCCGUCCGUCGACAGUGACUGCAUAUACUUGCUUCAUUGGGUGGGAAAAUCAGAACACAUGUCCGUGUAUAGCCUAAGGGAUGACAAGAUGGAGUUUAUCUCUAGCGUGGACAAUCCUGAUCGACCUUUCAGCCUUGUUCAAGUUCUCUUACGGUACUGUGAUUUUCUUGAUGAGUAA